AUGUUUGUGAGGCUUUAAAUGUGACAGUCUCUCCAGGACCAACAGUGCGAUACUCCGAGGGAGAUAAUGCUACCCUUUACUGCCACAUUUCUCAAAAAAGAAAGUCAGACAAUUUGCUGGCUGUGCGGUGGGUCUUCGCUGCAUCACCUACCCAGGAGUAUCUGAUGAUCAAAAUGACAAAGUUUGGGUCUGUCCAGUAUUAUGGAAAUUAUACUCAUCAUUUCCACAAGCAAAGACUUCAUCUUCUUAAAGAGAAACAUGGAACUAUGUACAAAUUUCUUAUUCUAAGCCUCCAGCAAACAGAUCAAGGACAUUAUAUAUGCAAAGUCCAGGAAAUUGGCAAACACAGGAAUAAGUGGACAGCAUGGUCAAAUGGCACAGCAGCUACUGAAGUAAGAGUGAUUUCAUCAAAAUCUUCUGAUGAUCCCACUUUCAAGAAAAACCACGAAGCCUGGAAAUUUUUUGAAGAUCUGUAUGUGUACGCAGUCUUUGUAUGUUCAAUAGGAAUCAUCAGUGUUCUCCUUUUUACACUUGUCAUUCUCUGUCAGUCACUCCUGAACAAGAGGAGAUCCACAGUGAAGCAUUACCUGGUGAAAUGCCCCCAGAACAGCUCAGGGGAGACAGUUACCAGUGUGACAAGCAUGUCCCCUCUACAGCCCAAGAAGGUAAAGAAAAAGAAAGAGAAAGUGGAGCUGCCACCAGCCAUCCCAGCAAAAGCUCCAAUAGCCAAUAAUUUUCCUAAGCCCAAGCUCUUGAAGCCUCAAAGAAAAUUGAUGCUGCCGAAAAUCGCAGAGGAGAAUUUAACAUACGCUGAACUUGAACUUAUGAAGCCGAUUCAGGAAGCCAAAGGCAUUCCCAGUACGACAGUCUAUGCACAGAUACUCUUUGAGGAGAACAAGCUGUAAUAGUUCAUGCCUGUAUAAAUGCCCUUUGUCUGUGUUCUAUUUAAUUCUUGCUGUGCUGCUUAUUUAUAAAAAUCAUACAAAUGUC